AUGUCACCCAUCGGAAUCCUUGGGGGACUCUUCCUUCUCUUAGCUAUUUACUGUGGAGUUGACCCUUUUAAGCACAGCCCAAUUUCCGACUUCCCGGACUUCGAGGCCUACAAGGUGGACAUGGCUCCAUGGUCCGAUGUGCCAGUGGAAAGGGACAGUGAAAAUCUUUUACAAAAGUCGGAAAUUAAGUUUCUGAACCAGGUCCAAGGGCCCGAAAGCAUGGUCUUUGAUCCUCAAGGCCGUGGACCUUACACUGGGGUUGCUGAUGGUAGGAUUGUGUUCUGGAAUGGUGAGAAAUGGACUGAUUUCGCGUAUACUUCAGCCAAUCGGUCAGAAAUUUGUGCCCCGAAACCAUCUGCUUUGAGUUACUUGAAAAAUGAGCACAUAUGUGGCAGGCCUUUGGGACUUCGAUUUGAAAAGAAAACAGGUGAUUUGUACAUUGCAGAUGCUUAUUUUGGGUUGAUGAAGGUUGGGUCUGAAGGUGGAUUAGCAACAUCAUUGGCAACUGAAGCUGAAGGGGUGCCUCUGAGGUUCACCAACGACCUGGAUAUCGAUGAAGAAGGGAAUAUAUACUUUACAGAUAGCAGCACCAAAUAUCAAAGGAGGAAUUUUAUGCAGUUAGUUUUCGCCGCAGAAGACAGUGGGAGGGUCCUGAAAUAUAAUCCAAAUACAAAAGAAACCACAGUCCUUGUUCGGGGUCUCCAAUUUUCUAAUGGUGUGUCACUUAGCAAGGAUGGUUCAUUCUUUGUGUUCUGUGAAGGAUCCAUUGGCAGGUGA